AUGUUGGAUACAGCCAAUAACACUAAAUUAGUAUCAAUUCAAAUACAUAAUAGUAUAGAGAUAAUAAUCAAGUUUGAUGUCAACUAUCCACAAUUCAUAAAGAAAGGAGGAUUUGAAUUUGUCAAUAUUACCAUUGAUUCUGAUGUACCUGAGCAGUUUCUACAACGUUGUAGAUUGAUCAGACUUCAGAAAAUAACAUUCACAGACCCAUCAUAUCAGAUCAAUCUCAAUCCAUCAAUAUCCUACCCACUCAUGCAAGAUCUGAACAUAAUGUACCCUGAACACCAGACACGGUAUACAUCCUUUACAAUAAGUGACUUUACACUUCCAGCUUUAUAUCCUACCAACCCAGUAUUCAUCUCUUCAUACAAUCCAAUUGACCUCUACUUCAAUCAUACUACUCUACAGAGAGUAUAUUAUGAGAGAGUUGAUCAUUGGGCUACACCAAAGGGUAACUUUUACUUUAUUAAUGCUCCUGCAUUGGAUUAUCUGGAUAUAUUUGGAUCAAAUAUUAUACCUUCGGAUCUUAGAACUAUUGUCCCAAAACUAGAGAAUUUUAUUGUAUCCAAUAUCAAUGAUGUCCAACUGGUACCUUUAUUGGAACUUGAUCAGAGUGAUUCCAAAUUGUCAACAUAUCCUCCUUUGAACACAUUCAAGGAUAAUUCCCAAACUUAUGAAACAAUAAUAUGGGAUGCCAGUAACAACAACUUUACAGGUCCACUACCAGAGUUUAAUAUAACUCGACUGACCUUUAGCAAUAAUCCAUUCUUUGCUGGACCAAUUCCAGAUAGUUAUUGUCGUGCUGCUACAGUCAGUUUCACUGGCACCGCUCUUACCAAUAAGUCUAGGAUACCUGAUUGUUUCUUCUGUGCUUGGAGUGAUAUGCAAUCAUCCUUCCCUCCUAUGCAAAUUGACCUCUCUACCUUUAUUUGUAAUACAACACUUGAUACAACAAAGUAUGUCAAGUUACCAACAGAGAAUUCAAUUACAAUCAGAGGCAAGAAUCUUGGAUAUGGUCAAGAUAUUCAGACACCUGGUCUCACUCUCCUUUUACCAAAUGAACGAUUCAAAUACAAUGUUGCCAGUCCUUCUGGAUCACAAUCAUUGGUAUUCUCUCAAAAGUACUCAAUAUCCAGGAGUGUCUCAUGGGUGACUGAUGCAACGGUGAUCACCAAGGCUUCAGUUGAUAAGUUUUAUGAUCAAUGGUUGAUCAAGAUAUUAGGUACUUUUGAUGUCACUCUUACUUAUAAUCUAAAGUAUAAUGGUGUGACCACAUCAUUGACUGUCAGUGCAUCAAUGCUAAGUGCCAAUGUGAGCACAACAACAACAGCAUUCCCCAACACAAACAACCGAAUAACUAUCUCAAACAUCAAUCAAGACAUUGAUUACAACAUGGUCAAUUAUCAGUAUCCAUCAAUUUCAUCAUUCACUCCAACCAAAGUGAGUAGUACAAGUAUAUCAUUCUUUGGAUUCUUUGUCCCCGAUGAGAUACCAGAUGAUUGUGGCACUCAAUCAUUAUGCAAUGGCAAUGGCAACUGUGUAGCUGGACAAUGUCAAUGUUUGAAUGGCUUUGGAGGUCACUAUUGUGAGUCGACACUCACACCUGGUAGCGUGGAUGUCAUCUCAAACACUUCAAGUCCAAGCACAACGAUCAAGGCUGGCAACGAGACAUUCAUGUUUGCCAUUGUUGGAGUACAAGAGUUGAACAACUUUGGUGAGGUGGUCUAUGUUGUAUCAACACAAGACAACGUAUCAUUCAACACAAUCACAUCAACUGGAGUGACAUCUUAUGUGUACAACAUCACUUCACCAACUCCCGAUCAAUCAGACCUCAGUGUUGCACUUCAGAUUGAUGUGUUCUCCAGUUCAAGGACCAUUGAGUUUGCUGGACAAACAGUUGUGUACCCUGCCAACUCUGUCAAGGUGACCGUGACCAUCGAUCAAUGGACAUUCAAGUCGAACUUGAACUCACUUCGAGUGUUGCUUCACAAGGAUGGAUCAUUGAUCAAUGACACCAGUCGUUGUGGAACAAAGAAUGUGGUGUCAAUCGAUCAAUUGGACAAUGUCCAAUACCUCAAGGUGAUCAACAGCAAUGGUGUCGAACUAUUUGGUCGGUUCCUACAUUAUGCAUUGUCCGAUGGUAGACCGGCCAUCUCACGCAAUGAGAUCAUCAACACCUCCGAUACAUCUACAUUGAUCGGUAUCAAUCUCCCACAUUGUCUUCAACGAUGUAUAGUUGAUCCAGACUUCUCUGUAUUGUUUGAUCAGGCCAAUGUUCUUGAUCCAAACUCUGAUUGUAAUGACAACAGCAAAGAUGGAGAUGGUACCAAGGUAUCAUGGAAGUUGAUCGUCAUCACUGUAGUGCCCAUAGUUGGAGGCAUCAUCUUUAUCACACUCAUUGCAGUACUGAUCAUUCACAAACUACAUGGUCGUCGACUUGGUGACGUAGUCUCACACAAGCUACACAAGAUGUCCAACAAGGGCAAGAGUUACUGA